UCGUGCAUGAGGGCGUCGUGCAUGUUUCUCAUGCGUGCGUGUUUGUUUCUCAUAGCUGUUGUGGUGGCACAGUCGAAGCACAUGUCGGAGCAGGACCAAACCUUACCGUUGGAGCAAGGCCAGCGAGCGGGAGCGAGCGAGAGCGAGACUUUGCACCGACGAGCACGAAGCGAAGGACAGAGUACGGACGGUGAGGAUCUGCCCAGAUCCAUGAGAUUCAACGAGGGCUCGCCACGUGGCACUUUCAAGCUGUGUUCGCCGUUCAUUGUCGUGUUGAACACGACGAUCACAUGCGAAGCACCACAGAUGAUCGUCGUGUUGAACACGAUGAUGGACGGCGGGCGGGUUUCAUAUGGACGAGCGCAGGACUGCCCUAUGGGUGAUCGUUAUGUCGAACACGACGAUCACCCGUCGGGCAGUCCUGCGCUCGCCAAGGUCAUUGUCGUGUUCAACACAACGAUCACCUGCCAAGCACUACAGGUGAUCGCCGUGUUGAACACGGCGAUGAAUGGCGGGGCGGGGUUCAUUGAGGGCGAGCGCAGGACUGUCGUACGGAUGAUCGUCGUGUUGAACACGACGACCACCCGUAGGGCAGUCCUGCGCUCGCCUCGGUCAUUGUCGUGUUUGACACAACGAUCACCUGCCAACAGGGGUGACGAACAGCAUGCCCAGACUGUGGGGAGCGGUCAAGGGUUUGGUGGCCGUGGUCAAGGGUCUGGUGGUGGUCCGAGUGGUCGAGGGUCUGGUGGUGGUCAGCGGACCCGCACACAAGAUACAGUGCGGCAGGCAGGUUCGGGGGAGAGGUCUGCGCAUGGACAGCCUUUUUAUUUCGGUGAUCCGGGAGAGCGGAGCAGUGGCGAAGGUUCACAGAGGGAAGAGGAAGAGGAAGAGGAAGGUUCUCAAGAGGGGAACGAUAGUGAGAAUACAAUUAAAAAUCAGAUCCGGCUGCGGCUUGCUCGACUCAAUCCAAAUGUUUCUCCAUCGAGAGUGGACAUAAGGACAAACGAGGUUUUUCAGGAGCUCAAGGCAUUGCAAAGACUUGAGUACUUGGAAGAAUUUUAUGAUAGACAAACAAGCCCGACAUUUGGAUAUAACUGGCGCAUUGAUGAGGGCGACGAGACCGGUGGGAAAAGGGGACAAGGCCCUAGCGGUGGAGCGAGUGGAGAGGGAGGUGAACACCCAAGUGGUGACGAGGGCAGAGGUGACGAGGGAGGAUGUGAUAAGGGAGGUGAUAAGGGAGGGAGUGGUGAGGGUGGAGGAACAUCUGAAGCGCCUGGGUAUAGUCAGCCAACAACAGGCACAUCAGAAGGGCAAGCCCAUCGUCACCAUGAGAGAAGCGUCAGUGGUGUAGGAGGGCACAUCGACAUUCGUGGUUUGCCGCAGGUCAAGCUGUCUACUGCAGUGGAACAGGUUGACGAAGGAUGUGAAGGUGGGCAAAGKSUCACCACAAYACUCACARCUGUCACAGUGACAGAUAAUGAAUGGUGUGAUGGCAGUGGCGCAAGUGUCUUCCCCGUUGGCGAGAAGGGCAAUAUUGGUAGCCCACAAGRYCAUAUGUGGAUGUCUAUGGAUAUUUUGCCAUAUGGGUUGGGAAGCCAAGGGCGGCUCAGGGCAUCAUUGGAUGAAACCAUGUAUCUGGCGGAAACGGAACAACAACUCGAGGCAGGCGACUUAGAGAUUCCUGCAGAAUUUCAAAGUCCGAUAUCAGAGGAGAAGGCACAACGAGGGUCUCAGGAGGCACGUACUGUAACAGGCUACCAGGAGGAAGCUAUGCUUGCGGAGGAGAUGGAACCGGGCAGCGAGCCUAACAGUCCAUUUGAUGAAGACAUCCCUGGCAGCGACUUCGAUACUGGUACUGGAGGGUCUCAGGAUUCGCCUAUUGCAUUCGAUACUGCUGGGAAGAACGACAUUCUUGAGGGACUUGUGGCGAAAGAAGCAAUUCAAGUGUCGGACAUCGAAGAGGAUGAAGGACAUAUUGUACUGACUACUCCAGAGCAACAGACACCUAUGGAGGAAGGACGAAAAAGUACACUUCGAACUCCUGUGCAGUUGUUCAGCCCAUCUGUCAAAAUGAUAAACAUCGAAGAAUCCCCUUUCACAUCAAAACAGUUCGGAGAUGCAAAAGAAGACGGUGCUCAAGGGAAAACCGCAGUUAGUCGCUGAGUGUGCCUUAUAGUGCGUCCGAAUUGGUAAAUGAAGCACACGAUCGACU